AUGAUUCGCGUCAAACCACUGGGAAAUGAUCGUACGAAGACGAUCGAUGUGCCUGUCAUAGCCGUUAAGAGAUCCCCUUCGAGCACUACAGAGAAAAGCGAGACCGGUGGCUUCAAAUUACAAAGAUUGAAAACGAUUACAAUUGGUUUUGAACAGGCUGUUAAAAAUGUAUUUAAAAAACAUUAUCCAAUUGUUACUGUUCGUGGUUAUUUAUUUCAUUAUGAACGAAGUUUAUAUCGUAAAUUUGUCGAGCUUGAUUUAAAAACAGCAUACAAAAAUGAUAAAAAUCUUCGUGAUUGA